AUGACACUACGGUGGCUUGGAUCGCUGCUUUCUCGAUGGAUUUUUCUCUUCUCGAUUUCCCUAUUCCUAAUCUCGUCUCAAGCAUUUCCAGCAUACGAUGCAGUUCUCGUCGAGGAGCUCUCGCCACAAGGAGUACAGUAUGAGAACCUCUACAUGAUGCCCAAGCGAAGCCCUCUCCGUCUCGGUAAACGCGGUCUCAUGCGAAUGGGGAAACGGGGAAUGAUGCGACUUGGA